AUGGCUUCUUUCCCACUUGUGGGGAAUCUAACUAAGCUCACAGUUUUAAAGCUUUCUUACAAUCACUUCUCGGGAACUCUGAAUUCCAAAAGUAGCCUCUUUGAGUUGCUCGAGCUCAGUCUAGCCUUUAACAACUUUAGUUCUUCACUCCCUUUCGAAUUUGGUAACCUCAACAAAUUAGAGACCUUGUCUCUUUCCUCUAAUGGCUUCUUCGGUCAAGUUCCUCCCACAAUUAGUAACUUGACCCAAAUAACCAUGUUAAUACUUGGACAAAACACUCUCACUGGUCGUUUCCCACUUGUACAAAACCUAACUAAGCUCUCUCUUAUAAGCUUCUACGGGAAUCACUUCUAUGGAACCAUUCCUUCUGUCCUCACUCUGCCUUUCUUGGCAGAACUUGAUCUACAUGGAAACCAGUUCAACGGUUCCAUUGAACAUCUCAACUCCUCUUCGUUGUCAAGGCUAGAGCUUCUGUACCUUGGAAACAUCGAUUUGGAAGGAAAAAUAUUAGAGCCAAUCUCAAAGUUCACCACCCUCAAAUCUCUCGACCUUUCUUUCCUGAAAACAAGUUAUCCAAUGGACUUAAGCCUCCUCUCUUCUUUCAAGUUUUUGGAGUGGCUUGAUAUAUCUGAUGUCAUCACCAUUAAUGUCAAUGACAGAGUGAAGGAAUAUAACCACGAGCACAACAGCAACAACACAAUAUGCUGCACCACCACUCAAAGACAAUAUUCCAUGGGACAAAUUCUGAGAAAAAUCUUGCGAAAUGAAAUGACUUACCGCAAGAGCGACAGCUAA